AUGGCGACUAACAUCGAGCAGAUCUUUCGGUCCUUUGUGGUCAGCAAGUUCCGGGAGAUCCAGGAGGAGCAGGAGCAGCAGCAGCAGCUGGGCGGUGGAAAGGUAGAAGGCCAGCAGAAUGGUGAAACAGUCCCAGCUGAGCAAGCAAACACUUCAGAUGACACAGUUACGGGUGCUGGGAGUCUUCAGAAUGAUCAGAUAGUUCAGAAAAUAGAGGAAGUACUGUCUGGGGCCCUUGAUACAGAGCUACAGUGUAAAUCAGGUGUGGAGGAAGAUUCGGUGAAAAAUAGCUCUUCAUCUACAAAAAGAGGCCCUACUGACGAAGGAGAAGAUGAAAUUCCAAGAAAAAAGUCAAAGAAGAACAAGAAACACAAAAGCAAGAAGAAGAAGAAGAAAAAGAAGAAGAAAAGGAAGAAAGAAAAAAAACAUAAAAAGCAGCCAAAGGAAUCAAAAUUAAGUGCACAGUAUGGAGAGCAUGCAGAUUUACAACCUGCUUCUCACUCAAAGACAGAAAAAUUGGGCUCAAAGUUAAUCACACAGCAUGGAGGGCAUGCAGAUUCAGAUCUUGCUGGUCAAAUGCAGCCAGAAGAAUUGGGCACAAAAUUGAGUGCAAAGUACAUGGGGCAUUCAAUUAAAAGACUCACACCUCAUUUGCUAUCAGAUUCUGAAUCAUCUGUGGAAAAACUUGGGAGUGAAAAAACAAACUUGGCCUUGACUGAUACACACAGUUCAGAAACCAGCAAAUUGGAUACCCAGGAAGAAAAUACUAGUACAAUGAAAAUUCAAGAGCAAGCUAAAGUAAAAUUAUUGGUGAAUAAGACUCAUGAUAGUAUAUAUCAUAUAGCUAUUAAUAUGAAUGCAAAGGGUGGACCUUUAUCAGUUAAAGACACUGAAAAUGGUACUGUGUCUACCAACAGAACUGGAGUUGCUGGUAAAUCUGAAAUUGAAAAGGAUUUGGAAGCUAUUCCAGCCUCUGAGAUAACAGAAGAACUAAAAGAUUCAGAAGCUACUUCAGAAGCUACUCUGAAAUCGAUGGGCAUGGUGGAGGUGAAAGAAUUAGAAACAACCUUAGAAUCUGAGGCCAUGGCAAAGAUUAAAUUUUCAGAAGCAAUUCUAAAAUCUCGGACUAUGGCGACUUCAGAGGGUUUGGAUGCCCCUCUAGAAUCUGUGGCCAGAGCAGAGGUGAAAGCAACUCUAGAAUCUGUGGCUGUGACAAAUGAUUUGGUAGAAACUCCAACAUCUGUAGUUGUAAUGGAGAUGAAAGCUUUGGAAGAAACCGCAGUAUCUCUUGUCAUGACAGAUAUGAAAGGUUUGGAAGCAACUCUAGAAACUGUGGGUGUGGCAGAGGCAAAAAGUUUGGAAGGAGGUCUUGAAUUUGUGACUGGGCCAGAUGAUUUGGUAGCAACUUCAAAAUCUGUGGCCAAGGCAGAGGUGAAUGGUUUGGAAGCAAUACCAAAAUCUGCAUCUAUGGUGGAGGUGAAAGGUUCAGAACCUGUUGUGAAUGCAAAAGAUUUGGAAGCAGCUCUAAAACCUGCGAUGGAGAUGAAAGAUUUGGAAAUAACUCCAGAAUCUCUACACAUGGAGGAGGUAAAAGGUCCAGAAGGAGCCCUAGAAUCUGUGGCUAUGGCAAUAGAUUUGGAAGGAACCCUCAAACCUGUUCCUCUGGCCGAGGCAAAAGAUUCAGAUGCACCAUCACUGUCCCCGCAAAUAGAAGAUAUGAAAGAGUCAAAAGGAUUCCUAGAAUCUGUGGCCAUGGCAAAAGGUCCAGAAACAAUCCUAUACCCUGUGGGGGUGGCAAAAGGUCUAGAAACAAUCCUAGACCCUGCAGGGGUGACAGAGGUGAAAGAUUUGCAAGGAAUUCCAGAAUCGCUGCACAUACAGGAUAUGGAAGCUUUGGAAGCAUCCUUAGAACCUGUGGUCAUGACAACAGGUCUGGAAGUGGCCCUAGAACAUGUGGCUGUGGUGAAAGGUGCAACUCCACUUUCUAUGCAAAUGGAAAAAGUGAAAGAUUUGGAAGGAGCCCUAGUAGAAUCUGUGGCAGUGGCAAAAGGUUCAGAAGCAGCCCUAGAACAUGUUGUCUUGGCAGAGAAUAAAGGUGUGGAACCAACUUCACUAUCUCUGCAAAUGGAAGAUGUGAAAGAUUCGGAAGGAGCUCUAGAAUCUGUUGCCAUGGAAGAAGGCUCAGAAGCAACCCAAGAACCAGUGACAGAGGCAAAAGACUUGGAAGCAAUCUUAGAAUCAGUCUCGGAGGUGAAAGGUUCAGAACCAGCACCGCUGUCUCUGCAGAUGGAAGAUGUGAAAGGUUCAGAAGGAGGUGUAAAAUCUUUGGCCAUGGCAAAAGGUUCAAAACCAACCCUAAAAGCUGUGGCUGUGGGGGAGGGAAGAGGUGCAGAAGCAACUCUGCUGUCUCUGGAAAUAGAGAAUGUGAAAGAUUCAGAAGAAGCCUUAGAAUCUGUGGCCAGGGCAAUAGGUUCAGAACCAACCCUAGAACCUGUGGCCAUGGUAGAGGCUAAAGGUCUGGAAGUUCUCUCUCUGCAAAUGGAGAAUGUGAAAGAUUCAGAAGGAGCCCUAGAAUCUGAGGCCACGGCAAAAGAUUUAGAGGCAACUCUAGAACCGGUGGCAGAGGUGAAAGAUUCGGAAGCAAUGCUUUGGUCUCUGCAAAUGGAAGAUGUGAAAGAAUUAGAAGGAACCCUAGAAUCUGUCGUGGCGGCAAAAAGUUCAGAAGCAACCCUAGGGCCUGUGGCCAGGGUGGAGGAGAAAAGUGCAGAAACACCUCCGCUAUCUCUGCAAAUAGAAGAUGUGACAGAAUCAGAAGGAGUCCUAGAAUCUAUGUCUGUGGUGAAGUUGAAGGCUUUGGAAGCAGCCUUUGAGUCCGUAGUCAUGGUAGAGGUGAAGGAUUUGAAUAAACUUGUACAAGCUGAGUCUGAGGUCACAACUCAGUUUAAAGAUUUGGAAGCAAUUCCCAAAUUUCUGUGCAUGGAGGGAGAUUUGGUAAUAACUCCAGAAUCUGAGACAACAUCAGAAGUGAAAAACAUGGAAAUAGUUGGACAAUCUGAAUCACUGGCAGAAGUGAAAGAUUUGGAAACCACCCCUGAAUCUGAGGCAGUGGCAGAGUCAAAGGAUUCAGAAACAACUACAGAAACUCAGGUGGUGAUGGAAGUGAAAGAUUUGAAAACAAUUCCACAAUCCCAAGUCAUGACAGAAGUAAGUGACUUGAAAAUAUCUCCACAUACUGAGGUGGAGGUGAUGAAAGGUUUUGAAACAGCUACAAAGUCUGAUGCCACUAUAAUAGAGGAGGAAGAUUCUGAAUCAACUCUGGAAUCUAGGGCAGUAGUGGAAGUGAAAGAUCCGGAAGCCACACCGGAAUCUGAGGCAAUAACUGGCAUAAAAUAUUCUAAAAAAUUUCUAGAAUCUGAGGCCAAGGCAGAGUUGAAACAUUCAGAAGCUACCCCAGAAUCUUUACACCUUACAGACUUGAAAGAUUCUGGAAAAACUCCAGGAGCUGAGAUGAUGAUGCAAAUUAAAGAUUCAAAAACAACUCAAAAAUCGGAGCCCAUCACUCUGGUGAAAGAUUCUGAAGCUAGUCGAGAAUUGCUGCAUAUAGUGGUAAAAGAUUUGCAAUCAACUCUAGAACCUGAGACUGUGACAGUGGUGAAAGAUUUGAAGGAAACUCUAGAGUGUGAGAUGGUGGUGGUGAAAGAUUUGGAAACAACCCUAAAAUCUGAAGCAGUCAUGUAUGUAAAGCAUUCUAAGGCUGCUCCAGAAUCUUUGUAUAAAGCAAAGGUAAAGGAUUCAGAAGCAGUUCCAGAAUCUCUCUGCUCAUCGAAGGUGAAAGUUGCGGAAUUAGCUCUAGAAUUGGAGGCGGCAGCAAAGGUGAAAGAUUUGAAAGAAACCCUAGAAUCUAAGGUCAUGGUAGAUGUGAAAGAUUUGGAAGCUGCUUCAGAAUCUGUGGUCAGGAUGAAGGUAAAAAAUUUGGGAGAAAUUCCAGAACAUUGGCAGCCAGUGGAUGUUAAAAUUUUGGAAGCAUCUCCGGAAUCUGAGGAAACAGUAGAAGUAAAAUAUUCAGAAGCAACUCCAGAAGCUCAGGUGUUGACAGAGAUGAAAGAUUUGGAAGAAACUCUGGAAUCUCUGUACACUGCAGAGGUGGAGGAGUUGGAAAAAAUUACAGAAUCUAUGCCAAUGGUAGAGGUGAAAGAAUCUGAGGCUGUGAUGGAUCUGAAAUUCUCAGCAGCAACUCUAAAAUCUGAGAAAACAGUGGAGGUGAAAAUUUUGGAAGAUACACCAGAAUCUUUGACAGUGGAAAAGAUACAAAAUUCAAAGGCAUAUCUAGAAUCUCUGCACACUGAGGAAAUGAAAGAUUUGGAAGCAGAUCUAGAAGCUGAGGCUGCAACAGAUCUGAAGGAUUUGGAAGAAACUUCGGGCACUGUGCAGGUGAAAUAUUCAGAAGCAGUUUUGAAAUCUGUGGGCAUAGCAGAGAGAAAACAUUUGGAAACAACUGUAGAAAGUCCUAAUGCAGUGCUAGAUUUGGAAACAGUUUUAGAAUCUCAGCACACUGUGGAUCUGAAAUUUCCGGAAACUCCUGAGAUUCCUGAGUUAACAGUGGAGGUGAAAGAUUCUGAAGCAGCUCUAGAAUCUGAGGCUAUUACAGAGGUAAAUGACUUGUGGCCUAUUCCAGAGUCUGUGGCCACGGUGGAGGUGAAAGAUUUGAAAGCAGUUCCAGAUUCUCUUCACACAGUAAACCUGAAUAACUUGGAAGCAACUCCAGAAUUGGCGGCAGCUGCAAAGGUGAAAGACUUGGAAGCAGCUCCAGAAUCUGUGGUGGCAAUAGCAGAGGUGAAGGAUUUACAAGCAGCUCCAGAAUCGGCAGCAGUGGUGAAAGAUUUGGAAGCAGCUCCAGAAUAUGUGGUGAUGCUGGCAGAAGUGAAAGAUUCAGAAGUAGUUCCAGAUUCUCUGCAUACCAUAGAUGUGAAAGAUUCUGAAACAAUUCCAGAAUCUGUGGUAGUGGUUUCAGAGGCGAAAGAUUCAGAAGCUGCUCUAGAAUCUGGGGCGGCAGUGGCAGAGUUGAAAUACUCAGAAACAAGUCCAGAAUCUGUGGUGGUGACUGCAGAAAUGAAAGAUUUAGAAGUAGCUCUGAAAUCUGUGGUGGUGACAGAGGUGAAGGAUUUGAGAGCAGCUCCAGAAUCUUUGGCUGCAGAAAUGACAGAUUUGGAACCAGCGCCAGAUAUUCUGCGUCCUGUAGAUGUGAAAGAUUCUGAAACCGCUCCAGAAUCUGUGGUGGUGGCAGCAGAAGUGACAGAUUUGGAAGCAGCUCCAGAUUUUCUGUGUACUGUAGAUGUGAAAGAUUCUGGAUCAACUACAGAAUCUGUGAUAGUGGCUGAAGAGGUGACAGAUUUGGAAGCAGCUCCAGAUUUUCUGCACACUGAAGAUGUGAAAGAUUCUGAAAGAACUCCACAAUCUGUGGUAGUGGCUGCAGAGGUGAAAGAUUCAGAAGCUGCUCCAGAUUCUGUUGUGACAGUGGCAGAGUUGAAAUAUUCAGAAAUAAGUCCAGAAUCUGUGGUGGCUACUGCAGAAAUGAAAGAUUUAGAAGCCGUUCUGGAAUCUGUGGCAGUGGCAGAGGUGAAGGAUUUGCAGGCUGCUUCAGAUGCUGUGGUGGCGGUGACAGAGGUGAAAGAUUUGAAAGCAUCUCCAGAAUCUUUGGCAGUGGUGGCAGCAGAAGUGACAGAUUUGGAAGCAGCUCCAGAUUUUCUGUGUUCUGUAGAUGUGAAAGAUUCUGGAACAACUGCAGAAUCUGUGAUAGCAGCUGAAGAGGUGACAGAUUUGGAAGCAGCUCCAGAUUUUCUGCACACUGAAGAUGUGAAAGAUUCUGAAAGAACACAAUCUGUGGUAGUGGCUGCAGAGGUGAAAGAUUCAGAAGCUGCUCCAGAAUCUGUUGUGACAGUGGCAGAGUUGAAAUACUCAGAAACAAGUCCGGAAUCUGUGGUGGCUACUGCAGAAAUGAAAGAUUUAGAAGCCGUUCUGGAAUCUGUGGCAGUGGCAGAGGUGAAGGAUUUGCAGGCUGCUCCAGAUGCUGUAGUGGUGGUGGCAGAGGUGAAAGAUUUGAAAGCUGUUCCAGUUUCUCUGGUGGCGGUGGCAGACGUAGAAGAUUCAGAAGGCACUCCAAAAUCUGUGAGGGUGGCUGCGGAGAUGAAAGAUUUGGAAGCAGCUCCAGAAUCUGUGGUGACCAUGGCAGAGGUGAAAAAUUUGGAAGCACCUCCAGAUUCUUGGUAUACAGUGUACGUUAAAGAUUCAGAAACAACUCAAGAAUCUGUGGCAGUGACAGCAGAGGUGAACGAUUCAGAAGCAACUCCAGCAUUUGGGGCGAUGGCGGCGGCGGCAGAGGUGAAAGAUUCAGAAGCAGCUUCAGAAUCUGUGUCGAUAGCGGCAGAGGUGAAGGAUUUGCAAGCUGCUCCAGAUUCUCUGGUGGCAGUGGCAGAGGUAGAAGAUUCAGAAGCAGCUAGUGUUUCUCUGCAUACUUUAGGUGUGAAUGAUUCAGAAGCAGCUCCAGAAUCUGUGGUGGCUAUGGCAGAGGUGAAAAAUUUGGAAGCACCUCCAGAUUCUCUGUAUACACUGUAUGUUAAAGAUUCAGAAACUACUCAAGAAUCUGUGACAGUGACAGCAGAGGUGAAUGUUUCGGAAGCAACUCCAGCAUUUGGGCCAGUGGCGGAAGAGGUGAAAGAUUUGGGAGUGGCUCCAGUAUCGGUGGUGACUGUGGCAGCGGUGGAAGUUUCGGGAGUGGCUCCAGAAUUGGUGGUGGUUGUGGCAGAGGCAAAAGAUUCCGAAGCCGCUCCAGGAUCUGUGGCAGAAGUGAAGAAAGAUGAUCUUUUUAAAAAAAAGAAAGCACAUGAAAAAAGUAACAAGAGUAGUGAUAAACAUAAACAAGAUGCAAAGAAAUUAAAAAGGAGUAAAUCUAAAUCUCUUUCACGAUCCAGGAAGCGGAAAAAAAAGUCCAGGUCACGUUCUGUCUCUAAACAUUUGAAAUAUAAAAGAGCAAGGUCUAGGAGCAGAAACUAUUCAGAUUCCAGAAAGAACUAUUCCACAUCUUAUGACAAGUCUAGAUCCAGAUCUGUUGAAAAAAGAGGGGGCAAAGACUCUUCCUGGAGGUCCAGACGCAGGCGCUCCAGGUCCUCUGAUGGUCUCAAGUCAAGAUCCAGAUCCAUUGAUAAAAGGGAAGGCAAAGACUCUUCCUGGAGGUCCAGACGCAGGCGCUCCAGGUCCUCUGAUCGUCUCAAGUCUAAAUCCAGAUCUGUUGAAAAAAGAGAGGGCAAAGAUUCUUCACGGAGAUCUAGACGCAGACGCUCCAGGUCCUCUGAUCGCCUUAAGUCUAGAUCCCGAUCUGUUGAAAAAAGAGAGCGCAAAGAUUCUUCACGGAGGUCUAGACGCAGACGCUCCAAGUCCUUGGAUCGUCUCAAGUCUAGAUCCAGAUCUGUUGGAAAAAAAGGGCGCAAAGACUCUUCCUGGAGGUCCAGACGCAGACGCUCCAAGUCCUCUGAUCGUCUCAAGUCUAGAUCCAGAUCUGUUGAAAAAAGAGAGCGCAAAGACUCUUCACGGAGGUCUAGACGCAGACGCUCCAAGUCCUCUGAUCGUCUCAAGUCUAGAUCCAGAUCCAGAUCUUUUGAAAAAAGAGAAUCUUCCUGGAGGUCUAGACGCAGACGCUCCAAGUCCUCUGAUCGUCUCAAAUCAAAAUCCAGAUCCAGAUCUGUUGAAAAAAGAGGUGGCAAAGAAUCUUCCUGGAGGUCUAGACGCAGACGCUCCAAGUCCUCUGAUCGUCUCAAAUCAAGAUCCAGAUCCAGAUCUGUUGAAAAAAGAGGUGGCAAAGAAUCUUCCUGGAGGUCCAGACGCAGACGCUCGAAAUCCUCUGAUCGUCUCAAGUCAAGAUCGAGAUCUGUUGAAAAAAGAGGGGGCAGGGACUCUUCAUGGAGGUCUAAACGUAGACGUUCCAAGUCCUCGGAUCGUCUCAAAUCUAGAUCCAAAUCUGUUGAAAAAAGAGGGGGCAGAGACUCUUCACGGAGGUCUAAACGUAGACGCUCCAAAUCCACUGAUCAUCGCAAGUCUAGAUCCAAAUCUGUUGAAAAAAUAGGUAGUAAAGAGUCUUCACGGAAGUCGAAACGUAGACGUUCCAAGUCCUCUGAUCACAAAUCUAGAUCAAAAUCUGUUGAAAGAAUAGAGCCUUCACUUAGGUCUCGAAGUAGCCGCUCCAAGUCUUCUGAACGUGUCACGUCUAAAUCCAAAUCUUCCAGAUCCAAAUCUGUUGAAAAAAUAGAGGGCAAAGAUUCUUCACAGAGGUCUCGGAGUAGCCGCUCCAAAUCUCCUGAACUUCAAAAGUCUAGAUCGAAAUCUGUUGAAAAAAUAGAGGGCAAAGAUUCUUCACAGAGGUCUCGGAGUAGCCGCUCCAAAUCUCCUGAACUUCAAAAGUCUAGAUCCAAAUCUUCUAGAUCCAAAUCAGUUGAAAAAGUAGAGGUCAAAGAGUCUUCACAGAGGUCUAGAAGUAAGCGCUCUAAAUCCUCUGAGCGCAAACCACAAAAACAUGAUAGCGAAUCGCGGUCUAGACGAAAUCGGUCUCGGUCAGUAACACGUAAAAGACUGUCAAAAUCUAAAUCUAAUCAUCGGUCUCGGACACGCUCUCUGUCACGUUCAAGACAGAGAAGGAGGACUCGGUCAAGAUCAGUGUCAAAAAGGAGACGGUCUUUAUCAAGAGAGAGACACAAAAGAUCUCAAAGGAACAGAUCAAGGUCUGCUGAUAGAAGAAGAAGAAGAUCAAACUCAAGGGAUCACCGAAUAGUGCUCAGGUUACGGACCAGAAGUCGAACACCUAUUCGACGAAAACGGUCUAGGUCAGUGGGAAGAAGACGAAGCUCUAGCAAAUCACCAAGAAGGUCCAGAUCAUCCGAUAAGUUUUCAAGCAGAUCACCUAAACGUCUUACAGACUUAGACAAGGCCCAGCUACUUGAAAUAGCCAAAGCUAAUGCAGCUGCCAUGUGUGCUAAGGCUGGUGUCCCCUUACCACCAAGCCUACUGCCUAUUAUAGCUCCAGCAAAGAAGGAGGAGAAAGUUACUCAGAAGUCAGCAAGAGAUACAAUAAAGGAGCUCACUGAGAAAUGCAAGAAGAUUGCACAAAGCACAGAUGACGUGAUCGUGAACAAGCCUCAUGAUUCUGAUGAAGAGGAGGAAGAACGCCCUUUCUACAAUCAUCCUUUUAAACUCAAUGAACCUAAACCCAUUUUUUUCAACUUAAAUACCACUCCUAUCGUAAAACCAGCACCAAAAAAUCAGGUAACUUUGACAAAGGAGUUCCCUGUCUCAUCUGGGUCUCAACACAGGAAAAAGGAAGCUGACAGUGUCUAUGGAGAAUGGGUUCCAGUUGAGAAAAGCAAAGAAGAAAGCAAAGAUGAUGUUUUCCCCAAACCAGCUCUUGCACAGACUGUGGACAUCUCUACAGCAAUGAAUGAACGAACAAUGGCUCAGAAGAGGCUUACAGAAAAUACAUUUGACUUAGAGGCCAUGUGCUUGUUAAAUCGUGCACAGGAACAGAUUGAUGCUUGGGCGCAGUCAAACUCUCUGCCAGGCCAAUUCACAGGAAGUACUGGAGCACAGAUUUUGUCCUCAGAUGAGUUGUCCAACAGUGGUCCCCAAGCAUGGAUUAGAAAGGAUCAGUUCUUAAGAGCAGCCCCUGUAACUGGAGGAAUGGGAGCCCAACUGAUGAGAAAAAUGGGCUGGAGAGAAGGAGAGGGAUUAGGAAAAAACAGAGAAGGAACUGUGGAGCCUAUCCUAGUGGAUUUUAAGACAGAUCGAAAAGGCCUUGUUGCAGUGGGAGAAAAGACACAAAAGAGAUCGGGACAUUUUAGUGUAAUGAAGGAUCUUUCAGGUAAACAUCCAGUUUCUGCAUUGAUGGAGAUAUGUAAUAAAAGAAGAUGGUCACCACCUGUAUUCGUAUUGGUGGAUGAUAGUGGGCCUGAUCAUCGCAAACAUUUUAUCUUCAAGGUGAUGGUCAACGGGCAUGAAUACAGGCCUAGCUUUCCCAGCCUUAAUAAGAAGCAUGCAAAAGCCACAGCAGCAACUGCGGCUCUCCAAGCGAUGGGACUUGUACCAAAGGAAAGCAUGCCCAAUGCCACCAUCUUCAGGAGUGCCUCACACCGCUAGAUAUUGUUUUUUAUAUUGACAUUAUUUCAGAUAAUUUUAUUCUGCACAAGAAAGGUAUUUCCCCGUUUCAUGUUGUAAAUACAUUGGUGAUUCCCACAUUGUAAAAACUGUACAGACACCUUCAGGAUUUUCUUUUGUACCAUCAAAAAUGUAUUUAAAUCAUACUUAGUUUUUGGUAUGUUUAUAUUGUUUACAUUAGUGAUGUAAUUAUUUCUUAAAUGACUAAAUUCAACAGGCAGACUCUGGAGGGCAUCAGUAAUCUAAACCCUUGUUUUAAAACUCAUGCAAUUUCUCUUUGAACCUCAUGCAAGUUCUCUUCAAUAUGGAAUGUUAACACUUUCAUACUCUUUUGUACUAUAAUGCAGUUUUCCCUGGUCUUGGUAAAGCUACUGUUGUAGUACUUUUGCCUAUAGCCAGUACAAGGCUGCACAGCUUAUCAUAGUCUAGAAAAAGGCUGGUAUGUACUGCUGGACAGAUACUGGGCCAGUAAUGUUACCCCCUCCAAGAAGGUAGGUAAAUUGUGGCACUGUUGUACAAUGCUAACAUUACCACUUCUGUCUUGUUUGGGGUUUAAGUCAAUGGUGUACUGCAACUGGCCAUAUUGCUUACUUUUUAAAACUAAAAAGAAUAGGCAAAUGACCUGGUUUAAAUGGGAGGGAAGAAAGUCCAGCGAUGAAAUUGAUGAGAAUUGCAGUGUAAAAGUGUCUCUCCCCUGCAUGUCCUGGUAAGGAGAUAUGAAAUUGUCUAUUCCAAUCUCAAAUUAACACACUGCCUGAUGUUGAUUGUAUGAAUUUGUGGUUAAUGUGAAUUUUAAGCUAUAACAAAUCUACAACUGGAUGGGGGGGUAGAAUGAUGCUUCAAUUGUUGUACCCAACUCAGUCAAUAAAGCCGCACAAGUUCAUAAUCUUAAUCAUUGGUCAGUAAACAGUAAUUAAGAUCUGUGCCAAAGCAGUAAUGUAGAGAGUAUGUAUCAGAGGGGGAGCAAUAGUGAAAUGUU